CACUUCACUCUUCACUCUUCACUCAAACCAAAAACAAGAAUAACAUACAUAGUUACCAAAUGGCAAACAAGCUCUUCCUCGUCUGCGCAACUCUCGCCCUUUGCUUCCUCCUCACCAACGCUUCCAUCUACCGCACCAUCGUUGAGUUCGACGAAGAUGACGCCAGCAACCCCGUAGGCCCAAGACAGAAAUGUCGGAAGGAGUUCCAGGCUUCACAGCACCUAAGAGCUUGCCAGCAAUUGAUGCGCCAGCAAAUGAGGCAAGGCCGUGGUGAUGAAGAGUUCGAAGACGACAUCGAGAACCCACAGAGAUAUUCCGAGGUACUCGAGCAGUGUUGCGAUGAGCUUCGCCAGGAAGACCCAGUUUGCGUUUGCCCUACCUUGAAAAGAGCCGCAAGGUCUGUUAGCAUCCAGGGACAGCAGAGACCACUCCAAGCCAGGAAAGUUUACCAGACAGCCAAGCACUUGCCUAACGUUUGCAACAUCCCGCAAAUUGAUGUUUGCCCCUUCAAGAUCCCUUUCGUCCCUUCUUACGUCUAAAUUCCAAACAAACACCUCAAGAGCGUAUGAGUGUGGUUGUUGGUACAUGUUAACACCACACAUCAUCGUGUGUUUUUAUGAAACAUGUAAACAUUAGGAUGUUUGAGGCUAAUGUAAUUAGCACUAGUCCAUAAUAAAUGAGAGGUUUUGUUUUUGUUU